AUGUCGAGCUCCAAGUCAUUUUCUAUCCUAGGCAAAGGCCUCAAGGCCAAUUCGGCCGCAGAUCUCGAGCCGUACCUUUCGGAACUGAGGGAGAUGGAGGAUGUUGAGGAGGUACAUUUCGGGGCGAACAGUCUGGGCGUGGAGGCGUGUCUGGCUAUUGCGGAGGUCCUCAAGGGGAAGAAGAACCUCAAGCUUGUCGACCUCGCGGAUGUCUUCACUGGCCGGCUCAUCUCUGAAAUCCCACAAGCCCUGUCGGCAAUGUGUGAUGCGCUCAAAGACCACACCUCCCUCGUCGAGCUCGACCUCUCCGAUAAUGCCUUUGGCGGUCGUUGCGCCGACGCCAUGGUCCCCUUUCUCGAAACCAACACACACUUUCAAAACUUCCGUCUCAACAAUAACGGCCUCGGUCCUAUCGGGGGCAAGAUCAUCGCGCACGCUUUGUCAGCCAAUGCCGACAAGUGUGCCAAGGAGGGCAAGGAGAGCUCUUUGCGCGUCAUCAUCUGCGGGCGGAAUCGGCUGGAGAAUGGGAGUGCGGGCAAUUGGGCCAAGGCGUUUGAGAAGCACGGCAAGUUGAGGGAGGUGCGGAUGAUCCAGAAUGGGAUCAGGAUGGAGGGGAUCGAGGCGAUUGCGAAGGGACUGGCCAAGUGCCCGACGCUGGAGGUGCUCGAUCUGCAGGACAAUACGGCGACGCUGUCGGGGACGAGGGCGCUCGUCAAGGUUCUUCCGACCUGGAAGGACUUGCGGAUACUCAACCUCUCGGACUGUAUCCUCUCGCCAGCGGGCGGGAUUGCACUCGGGACGGCGCUCAGCUCGGGGUCCAACCCAAAGCUCGAGGAGCUGCGGCUGCAGUAUGGCGAGUUUGACAAGCGGACGGUCGAGCUGCUUUCUACGGCAAUCACGCAACAUCUCACCCAGCUGAGGGUGCUGGAGCUGAACGGGAACAAGUUUGACGCGGAGGAUGAGUGUGUGGAGAAGCUCAGGGAGGCGCUGGCUCUGCAUGGGCACGAGGACGCGCUGGAUGAGUUGGAAGAUAUGGAGGAGGCAGAUGAGGAUGAGGACGAGGAAGAAGAUGAAGAGGACGAGGCUGAGAAGAGCGAUGAAGAUGCUGAGGAGGCGGCCGAUGAGGAUGAUGGGGUUGCGAAAGGGGAGGACAGCUCGGUCCUGCCUCCGGUCUCGGACAAGGCUACCGACGACCUUGCCGACUUGCUGGCUGGCUCGCACAUCGCUUCGAAGUAG